AGGGGAGGGAGCUACACAUUUCAGUUGAAUUCCUCUUGCGAGAAGGAAAGCGAGGAGUCCACCGGACCAGGAAAAUAAGAGGAACUAAGAGCACGGAAGGGAAUCCUUCAUCACAACUGCCAGAUUGGCUUCCAGGAAAGGGAAGAUAAAUCUUAAAAAAACAAAACAAGUUUAGCUGGUAGAAGUUUGGGAAUCCAGAGUUUCUUUCUGCAACUCUGUAUACUUUCCAUCUGUGAUACUUUCCAGGGAAUGGUUCCGUUCACAUCUGAUACGAUUUUUCUUGUUUGGUUUAUCAGAAUGGCUUUCCUGAUUACUGAAAUGCUCUACCUUUGAGAAAGGAUCAAACAUUCCUUGCUGGAAACCAGGAAAACUUUUCUCCCUUGUAAACUGAUGGAAUGGACUUUAUCUGAACCUUUAUUUGUGACCAUCUCUUUCGAAAGGAUACAUACUGACAAGGGAGAAUUAAAAAUCUGUGAAAAGAAAUCUCGCCCGUGUUCGCUUCUUUGACGGACUUUUCGCGGCAAGAAAAGGGACCAUGGAGAAUUUGUCGCUGCUGUUAUAUUUUCUGUCUUUGCUGAUUUUAUUUCAGGUGUAUGGGAACCAUACAUGGCCACACGAACAUCCAGGGUUUGAUGUUCUAGCCCAAGCAUCACACUACUGGCCUCUGGGCAGGGUGGAAGGAAUCCAUGAGUUGCGGGACACGAAUGGAGCUCUAAGAGUCCACAACUUCACUGUGCUUCCUCCUUCCAAUAACUCUACUUUUGUAUAUACCAAUGACUCUGCCUACUCUAACUUCUCUGCAACUGUAGACAUAGUAGAAGGCAUGGUAAACAGGGGAGUUUGUAUCCCAGAUUCAACUGGAGGAAUGAGGUUUCUCCUCUUCGGAAGCGACCAAAAUUCUUGCAUUAUUAAUCCAGAACUUUGUGAACCUGAAGGUGUAACAUUCUCUUUUUUCUGGAAGACAAAGGCUCAGAAAGCCAAUUCUCCCCCAGCAUAUGGUGAUCAGGUGCUUUCCAAUGGGUUCAAGAUCUCCUUCAGUGAAGGAAAAGGAUCUGUGGAACUGUAUAACCAUCAGCAUUCGUGGAAGUGGGAGGCAAGUUUCAUCCCAUCAGGUCCCUACUGGACUCAUGUUCUCUUUACCUGGAAAUCUCAGGAUGGUUUGAAAGUGUACGUCAAUGGAACUUUACACACCACAGAUCCUAGCGGGAAAAUUUCCUACAGCUAUGCAGACUCAAAUUCAAAUAUGUUGACGGGAUCAGAGGGUGACCAGACCAGGCGUUAUGCUAAUGGGUUUUUUGAUGAAUUUAUCAUAUGGGAAAGAGUGCUCACACCUAAGGAAGUUGAACAGUAUUUUACAGCCGCUGUAGCUCCAUGGGGCCAGCCAAUGACAGAAACACCUCCAAUGCUGUCCAGGAAUGCCUACCAAACCAUCAUAAUGAACCUCACAGAGGAGAGAGGAAACUUCCACACUCCCGGUGCCAUGAUGGCCUACUUGGAAAACAUUUCCCUCACGUUACCCAAUGAAUCACUCUCAGCAGAGACCGCAUUUAAUCUUACUGAGGCUUUCUUCCAAAUGGUGUAUGCUGUGCUUUCUUUACCCAGCUGGGCUGAUAACACGGAGGUGGCACCUAUUGCUGGGUCUUUGGUGGAAACAGUUGAUAGCAUGAUGUCACACAUGGCCCGCAAUCUGGCAGAAAGCGUAGCUUUUCAAGGAAACUCGUCAGUUGCAGAUUAUUCUUUCAUCAAGAAGCCGCUUCAGCUUCUGAACGUGUCUCACUACCGCUUCCCGUUGCGAGGGCAGAGUUAUAUUUCAAUCCCCGGUGAAGCUUUUCAAGUCCAAGCUUGGAUUACCAUCGUGGGUCUUCUCUACCACACUAUGCACCAGUAUUUCCGCAGUAUCAGACCUAUGGAAACCAGGAUCCCAGAAGCUGCUUCCUGCAAACACUGCAUGAUUUCAGCAGCCAGCUACGUCAUUUCCCUGAAAGUGGACCCUCCACCGACUCUGUCCCGAAACCUGUCAGGUUCCCCUCUUAUCACCAUCCAUUUGACUCACAAACUGACGGCUCUCCAGUACAGCCGAGUGGUGAACAAAAGCAACGAAGUGAAACUCUAUUGCGCUUUUUUAGAUUAUAGCAACGGGAGCGGCGUCUGGUCGAACGAAGGCUGUGUGCGUGAAGACGGCAACCUCAGCUAUUCCAUCUGUUUGUGCAACCAUCUCACCAACUUUGCCAUUUUGAUGCAGGUUGUCCCACUAAAGCUGGCUGCGGGCCACAUUGAGACCUCAACAUCACCCAUUGCUUACAUCGGCUGCUCUGUGUAUCUUUGCUUGACCGUCACCCUGGUCACGUUUGCUAUUCUGUCCCUGCACAGCACCAUCCGCAAUCCGCAAAGCUACUACACCAUCCAUGCUAACCUGUCAUUCACCAUCUUGGUGGCUCAGAUCUUGCUGCUUAUCAGUUUUACCAAAGCCUUUAAGUCCUGAACAGUUCCUUGCAAAAUCAUGGCGAUUCUCCUCCACUUCUUCUUCCUGAGUGCUUUUGCCUGGAUGCUGGUGGAAGGUUUUCACCUGUACAGUAUGGUAAUCAAAGUGUUUGGAUCAGAAGAAAGCAAGCAUUUCUACUACUACGGAAUUGGGUGGGGCUGCCCGCUGCUGAUUUGUGUUGUCUCGGUGAUCUCAGCCAAAGAAAGCUAUGGAAAAAACAGCAACUGCUGGCUUUCCCUGGACGACGGCGCAAUCUGGGCUUUUGUGGCUCCAGCUCUGCUUGUAAUACUGGUCAACAUCGGCAUCCUUGUCGCAGUCACGAGAGUCAUCUCACGAAUCAGCUCCGACAACUACAAGGUGCAUGGAGAUGCCAACGCAUUCAAGUUGACAACCAAAGCAGUGGCCGUCUUGCUGCCUAUUCUGGGGAGCUCGUGGAUCUUUGGCGUUCUGGCUGUCAAUGACCACGCGUUGGUGUUCCAGUACAUGUUUGCAAUAUUCAAUUCCUUGCAAGGAUUCUUCAUCUUCCUAUUUCACUGCCUUCUGAACUCAGAGGUGAGAGCUGCCUUCAAGCACAAAACCAAAGUGUGGUCCCUCACCAGCAGUUCCAUGCGCAAUAUCCAUGUGAAACCUUUCAACUCUGAUAUCAUAACUGGGAACAGGCCAGGAACCAACCCUACAAAACUGAAUACUUGGGACAAGAGCAGCAAUUCAGCUAACAAAAUCGAUCUCUCGGCAGUCUGAUGUCAGACCCAACCGGCCCUCCUAUCCAUUAGCCAAGUUGUAUCUUCAGGACCUUUGCCGUGGUGCCUGCCCGCCCAGGAUUUGCUCUUAAUACGUGCCAGUAGUGACCUCUACUGAAAUCAUCACCCACUCAAUUGGAAGGGGGAAAACCCCCACACACCAUGUUGCCAUACACUGAGCGACAUUCCAGCUUUUGUGAAUGUCUUUACCUGCCCUGGUCACCGAACAAAUACGGAAUAGCGAGCAGCGAUAUACACUGGACUGUCUUGUAACUAAGGCAGAGAUGAGAGGAGGGGAAAUGGAUACUGCUGCCUUGGUAACAGGCCUGAGAAAAGUUAGUGGCACCUCAGGAAAGAAGAUUGCAAUGUGCUUUGCUUUCUGCUUUGCAAAGAGCCAGUGUUUGCUACAGCGUUAUUAAAAUCGGGACGCUCUUGUCCAGAUCGACAUCCGCUAUUGACAUUAAAUAACGAGUAAUCCAAUUAUCUGGGCUCAGCUUAUCCCAGAAACAUCCAGCCAACAAACGUUUUAUUUUAAUACUGUAUGAAAGCCAGCGGCUGAAGGGAACUGAAAUCUAAGCCAUACUUUCUUGCUGUACGUUGGCCUGGGGACUAACAAAGAUGGCAUAUAUUGUGCAUGUGUAGCCUGCACAUCUGUUCAGUUUUUAUUAUGCCAUUUCCAAAGGCUGUUGGCAAUGCUGUGGCCAUCCGCAAUGGAGUUCCACCAGAGGGGCUUUUUGCGUUGACUGAAAUACCCUUUGGUACGAGCACCAACAACUGUCUUGUCAGGUGGAUUUUGCGGACUGAAUUAACCUGCAGUUUUGGGAAACCGUAAUGGGACCGGCGCUGUGAUUUAUCUCUCUGCUUUUAUGAGCAGAGGGGAACAUUGAAUGCCAAACCAAAACAUACCAAGGAAAAAAAAACGCUACACUCAAAUACCAGCCACCCAUUAAAAUAAAAACUCCUCCGCGCAACUAAACCACCGCAAGAAAAAUAUACUGUGAACUAGGCAGCCAGACUGCAGCUGAUUGUGUUAUUAUCCACAGAUGUCAUUUUUUAUUUUCUUUCCCCCCCCCCCCCCCCCGCCCAGUAAACAGCUCUUUCAUCUUUCCAACAGAGCAAUGGUGGAGGAGAAAGCUGCACCUGUUGCUGUUCUACAAACAUUUUUACUUCUUUAUGGGUUUUAUUGCUGGGGAUCGCCAAGCACUUUUCAAGCUUCUACUGGCUGCCUUCAGGGCUAGAACCUUGUUUUGUUUUGUUUUCCUAAUGCUGAGACUUCUUUUGCUGAAUGGAAACCAUUUUAAGUUGGAGAAUUCCUUUGAUUUGUCAAUUCUGAUGAUCAGAGGCUCUGGUCAGGGGCACUGCUUCUCGUGCACUUCUCAUUUCAGGCUUCAUUCGGCUGCUGUCAUGUUGAGGGAAUUUGCACUAGAGGGAUCUGUAAGCUCGACCUAUCUCUGGAGCAAGCGCAUCUUCCUGGCUCAUAUUCCCUUUUAGACAAUGGAAUGGGUGGCAGUGCAAAGCGUUAAUGUCUCUGUUGGCUAGUGCUUUGUAUGGUGUCCAGACCUUCCCAGUCUCAGAAGGUUUAUUGGUAUGUCAGAUAUGCUGGCUGAUUCUGAUAGCUAGAUUUGAGUCCAGAAGUUCUUUUGAGUCCAACAGGAUUUUCAAGGGAUAACCUUUUGAGAAUCAAAGCUCCCAGGCAGCCCUACCCAAAUGGUUGGGGGCCCAAAUGCUGCGCCACACCUGCCCUGCCCUACCCUGCCAUUCCCAGGAGGGCUUUCCAGCAGCAUAAGGAACCAAAAAGGCAACCAACCCCCCACCACCGGAAAAUCCUCAAUACUGCUCCCAUGGACUUAUGCCACUGAGAAGGUAGAGUAAGUCCAGGAAACGAGUGUCAGUGUUUCUGGUGGCAAAGCAUGGGUGGAAGCCAACAUCAACUCCACCCCAGCCAUGCCUCCAGGAUACCCAUGUGCUACCGGCAUAGGCAGCGGGGGCACAGGAGCAUUUAAGUGGCGUGCACUGCCCUGGCCGUUUUGACAGCCCACAGUGGCUGCCUGCUAGUGGAGCCACCCCUCUGCCUGAGCAAAGGCCCCGGGGAGGGCAAAUCCGCUGGUGUCUACCCGCGGCGCCUCCUGUGACAGAUUAACCUCCCUCCCUUGGUCAGAUGCAAGUUGGAAUGGAGACAGGGAGUCCUUAUAUCCUAGUCUGAGAUUCUGCAGAGAUCCCCAUUCCAUCCACCUUGUAUCUGAUGAAGGGAGCUUUGACUGUUGAAACCUCAUGCCCUGAAUCUUGUUGGUCUCUAAGGUGCUACUGGACACAAAUCUGGCUAUUCUACUGGGGACCAAUAUGGCUACCCUCUGAGUUUGAUAGGUUAGUGAUUUCCAGAAUGUUUUCUGGGGAAUACUGGAGUGCUUUCAAAGCUCAUCAAGGGUUCCUCAAGGAGAAACGUUUCUGGAUGAAGUUCCCUAAGAAGCCCACUGUUCACCUCUCUACCAAGCAUCUCCUAUAAUAGAUGAACAUCUGGCAAACCAGAGUAGAGUAGAUAAUGACCAAGGCAAUGGUCCUCAAGACAGUGGUUCUCAACCUUUCCAGAGUUGGUAGCUUUGGGGCCCGCAGGAUUACAUAACAGGAUAGGGGGAGCCAGAGUUAUGACCCUUCUGAUGCCAAGGUCAGGACCAUGGACAGCGGACCAAAAAUGCUGGGGACAGAAAAUACAAGCCCAGUGCCCAAAGAAAAAGCUAAGGGUCAGAGCCAUAGAGAAAUCCUCAGCACCAUAGAGCAACUCUCCCCACUACCUAGCUGUUCUUCUCAGCAUUCAUACAAAGAGAAGGCAAGGUAUAACACUCUUGCUGUCUACUUCAUAUAUCCUUCUGAUUCACAACAGCAGCCACACUAUGAGGGCUCACAGCCAAGUAGGAGGGACUCUGUAACACACCUGAGUCCACUAGUCUAAGAUAGCAAGAGGAGGAUGCCUUCAGAAUUUAUAGAUAGCAGCAAGUACCAGGAGGAUAUACUUUCCUUCCUGGCCUCUUCAGAUUGCAGUCUCCAGUCAGUUCCCAAUGGCUCCUCAGUCGCUGGAUUUCACUCCUCUCAAAGGGUUAAAUAUUUCUCUUUUUAAAAAUGUCAAGGUGUAACCCACAUUACACAGGGAGGUAUUGAAACUACAUCAACAAAGUCAAUGAAUCAUGAACGUUUCUUUCGUUCCUACUUUGCAACAUGUCAUAGAUUUAUUACACUGGGACUGACCUUUUAUUAGCUGUACGUACAGUGAACUAUUGCGCAAAUGGCAUUUCCCCCCUGUUGAGCAAUGUCAGAGAACAUAGAAAACUGCCUCAGACCAAGUCAUACCAUUGGUCUCCUUAACUUAUUGGUCCAUUCCAGGGUCUGAGGUAGAGAAGUGUCUUAGCAACAUCUUCUCCUUGACAUCUUUGAACUGGAGAUGCCAUUUCCAUUUCCAUUUUCAGAUUCUAUUUUUUUUAAGGCUCAUAGACCAACAAGUCAUGAGCAAAAGGAACUGGAGAACCCAGGGACAGAACUCAAGACCUUUUUCUUGCAAGGAGUGUCCACUGUCUUUGCCCCUUCCUCCAUGGCUCUUGCUCAUACAUGCGCGACUCCUUGAUAGCCUGAGUCCAGAGGCUCAAGCCAACUGGCCCCCUUAUUCUUGGAGGGGCCAGGAUUAAUUCCAUUUCAGUUUUCUUCCCGGCUUUACAGCCUCAAAGAUGCUUACAGUGCAAUCCUAAGCAAAAUUACACCCACCGAAGUCUUGAAAGCUGUCAGAAGCUUUAUAACCAAGAUAAUACGAUAUAUUGCAACUGCAAAUCAUGAAAAUCACAACAGUAGCAACCCUCAAACAGAACAUUUACCAGCUGCCAGAUAAUCCACGAUAGCCUUUCCCUGCAAAAUACUUUUCAUAACCAAGGAAGGCACAAGAAGAAGAGGGCAUUCACAAGGCAGGGUAAAUGCUUCCAGGUCAGGUUCUCAUCUUUGCCCAGGCAACUAUCCAGCUUGCGCCUGGCUCCCAUCCUAAGUCUGUCCUGGUUCCUGCUUAAACUUGGCUUUGACACCAGAUAGUGUAUAACAGUUUGGGACGAGCCCAUGUGAAUCCUGAGCAAAUGGAACCAUUCCCCCUACCCCGGCAGUUGUCACAUCACCCAGAUAGCUUGCCAACUGGAUUGCUUCCACAUUAUCCAGCAGAAUAAGUGAACAUGUGCUCAUCUUCCCUGUGCUGUCUUCUCUCAUUAACAGAGAAACUAUUUAGGUCAGCCGUAGUGGGCCACUGUAAUAAAGGCUGAUCCCCCAAGAGCUUCCCCCACAAUACCGGGUCCCCUUCCACCCCCUGUGUGUGUUAAGUGCCAUUAAGUCAGAGCUACCCUAUGAAUCAACAUCCUCCAAAAUGUCCUAUUGUCAACAGCCUCGCUCAAGUCGUGAAAACUCAGGCUGUUUCCGCACGAAUGCAGAAGCGGCCGGGUCGGCGUUUCCGACGCCGACACGACGAUGCUGGGA